GCCGGUGCGGGGAGGCCGUUGCGCACGCGCAGGAGGCGGAGACGCCGGAAGCGGCGGUUGGAGGCGAGCGGGGGGACGUCUCUCCGCAGCGGUGGGCGGCUGGGCCGCGCCGGGCCGCGCCGCCAGGCCCUCGCCUUUUGCUCCGUCCCGUCCUCGCAGAGCUCAGCCCGGCCCGCCAUGAGCUGCCGGCAGCCGCUGCCGAGCGAGCGGGGAGCGAGACAGAGGGGUUCUAGGUUGCUGUUGAUCUGCUGUGAAGCAGUGCUGAUGUCAUAAGAGGAUGGCAAAUACAUCAGAAACAGGGAAGGAGUUGUCUUCCAUGAGGUGUUUUCUAACAAAACUUUCCGCAUGGAAAAUAACGGUGCUCAGGAUGUGACUUGGCUUCAAGUGCAAAGACAGAAUGGAGACACUCAAGAAAGUCAUCAUAGGCCCUAACUGCAGACACAUGAAGCGGAGACGGAAUGGCAAUGAAGAUGACAGUCAUGUUCCUCAGACAAAGCGUAGCACCAGGAAUACUGUCCUUCAGGACUCUUGGGACACUGAGUCCAAAUGCGUAACAGAAUGUGCACCACAGCCUGGGGAAAUGAAGGUGGCUGUAACGAAAAACAGUAAGGAACACAGACUAAAAGGAAACAAAGUGUCCUGUGCGUCCUCCAGCAGCGAUAGCGGCAGCAGCAGCAGCAGCUGUAGUAGCAGUAGCAUCAACAGCCCUGACAGAGCGUGCGGUGCAGAAACCAGCCUAAACCCGAUAAUUGCAGGAUCCAGUCCUGUCUCCUCCCAGUCCUUCCAUGAGCAGUCUGCACUAAGCCAAGGUCCUUACUUCCACAUCAACCAGAUCCUGAAGGAGGCACACUUUCACAGCUUACAGAGCCGGGGACGCCUUCCUACAUGAUGAACCAGCAGUUCCCUGCCUUCUGUGAAGGGACAGCACUGUGUAGAUUUGAUAUUUCAACUUAAAAGUUUGUUAAAAUGGAAUUGCACAAAACGCCUGUUGCCUUUUCAGUCUAUAUUUGAAAUAACAGGUUAACAGGAAAUUGUUUACUUGUGGUUUGCUGCACUAUUGCAAUGCAAAAGGGGCUUUGAAGCAAUUUUUAUAGGAUUGUUUUUGGGGUGGUUAUAAAGUACGCGUCAAGAGGAGACUGAGGAAUCCACAUCUGUGUUAUAGGAUUGCAAACUGUCCAAUUCCAAUCGACUGCCUAAUCUGUUAGCAAUUUGUUGCUUUAUGUAAAGUUCUCUCCAACGUUCAUCUUCAGUUUUAUAAGUCUUUUUUAAUUUCAAUAAACUAGUAAAAAAGUUA